AGUAGCCGCCAUCUUGUUUGUUUGAGUGGCUUAGAGAGGGGGGUGGGGGGAGACGGAGGAAAAGGGGAGCGGCGGCCGCAGCCCGAGCGCUCACCCCCGGCCCCAGCAGCCUGCUGCCCUCGGCGGCCACGCAGGAUUCGAGAUUGUUCUAUAGACAUCUGGAACAAUGUUCUAUGCUCACUUUGUCCUGAGUAAGCGAGGGCCACUAGCCAAAAUUUGGCUAGCGGCCCAUUGGGAUAAGAAGUUAACCAAAGCCCAUGUGUUUGAAUGCAAUUUGGAAAGCAGUGUGGAAAGCAUAAUCUCACCCAAGGUGAAGAUGGCUCUUCGAACUUCAGGGCAUCUUUUACUGGGAGUUGUUAGAAUCUACCACAGGAAAGCUAAAUAUCUCCUUGCAGACUGUAAUGAGGCAUUCAUUAAGAUCAAGAUGGCUUUCCGUCCAGGUGUAGUUGACUUGCCUGAAGAAAAUAGAGAAGCUGCGUACAAUGCUAUCACCUUGCCUGAAGAAUUUCAUGAUUUUGACCAGCCCUUGCCAGAUUUAGAUGAUAUUGAUGUGGCUCAGCAAUUCAGUCUGAAUCAAAGCAGAGUGGAAGAAAUCACAAUGCGAGAAGAAGUUGGCAACAUCAGUAUCCUUCAGGAAAAUGAUUUUGGUGACUUUGGAAUGGAUGACCGUGAAAUGAUGAGGGAAGAUAGUGCAUUUCCAGAUGACAUGCUGGAUAGUACUAGUGCUUCCAACCUUCUGCUGGAGCCUGAGCAAAGCACCAGUCAUCUUAGUGAGAAAUCUAAUCACUUGGAGUAUGAAGAUCAGUACAAGGAUGACAAUUUCGGAGAGGGAAAUGAAGGUGGAAUCCUAGAUGACAAACUUCUCAGCAACAAUGAAGGAGGCAUAUUUGAUGACCCGCCAGCUCUUUCUGAAGGGGGAGUGAUGAUGCCUGAGCAACCUCCACAUGAUGAUAUGGAUGAUGAUGAUAAUGUCUCAAUGGGUGGACCAGAUAGCCCAGAUUCUGUAGAUCCAGUUGAACCAUUGCCAACUAUGACUGAUCAGACAACGCUGGUUCCAAAUGAAGAAGAAGCAUUUGCUUUGGAACCUAUUGAUAUAACUGUUAAGGAAACCAAAGCAAAGAGGAAGAGAAAGCUUAUUGUAGACAGUGUGAAAGAACUGGACAGCAAGACCAUCAGAGCCCAACUAAGUGAUUACUCUGAUAUUGUUACUACACUGGAUUUGGCACCUCCUACGAAGAAAUUAAUGAUGUGGAAAGAGACUGGGGGUGUUGAAAAACUGUUCUCUCUUCCUGCUCAGCCUCUGUGGAAUAACAGGCUUUUGAAGCUUUUUACUCGCUGUCUUACACCUCUUGUGCCAGAAGAUCUUAGAAAGAGAAGGAAAGGUGGGGAAGCUGAUAAUUUGGACGAGUUCCUUAAAGACUUUGAAAAUCCAGAAGUGCCCAGAGAAGAACAACGCAGUGUUAUUGAUGAACCUAUUUUGGAAGAACCAAGUCACCUUCAGGAAGUCUCAUCCAUCAUGGAAGGCAGCAGGACCAGCUUGGAAGAACCAGUCAUGCCACCACCACCUCCUCAGACAGGUGUAAAGCGAAAGGUUGCACAAAUGGAACCAGAACCUGUGCUACCUUCACAACCAUUACAACAGAUCGAAAUGCCACCUGUAGAAUUGCCUCCAGAAGAGCCUCAAAAUAUUUGUCAGUUAAUUCCGGAACUGGAGCUUUUACCCGAAAAAGAGAAGGAAAAAGAAAAGGAAAAGGAGGAAGAAGAGGAGGAAGAGGAGGAAGAUGGUACGGGAGGUGACCAGGAUCAGGAAGAAAGGCGAUGGAACAAGAGAACUCAACAGAUGCUUCAUGGUCUUCAGAGAGCUCUUGCUAAGACUGGAGCAGAAUCCAUCAGUUUGCUUGAAUUGUGCAGGAAUACAAACCGCAAGCAAGCAGCUGCAAAAUUCUACAGUUUCUUGGUACUUAAAAAGCAGCAAGCUAUAGAGCUAACACAGGAAGAACCAUACAGUGACAUCAUUGCAACUCCCGGUCCCAGAUUCCACAUUAUUUGAAUGUUUGGCUUACUGUAUAGUUAGCACCAUUAGUGCUCACACAUUGUUCCAUGUGUAGGGCCCACGAAAGAAGUCUAGAUUUUGUUGUCUGUACAGUCAUUGACUUUUGUGUUUUGGAGUUUUCUAUUACAUUUUACCACUUUUGAAUUUCUAGUAUCUCUUUGGCACUGGGUGACUUGAGUUCCAGUUGCAGAGAUGACAGAAAGUGACUCAAGACCUUUAUAAAGAGUGUUUUUUAAAAAACAAUUCAGAACAGAGGUGUGCAAUAUUGUUGCAUGUAACUAUGACUAAUACAUUGUUUCACAGUUAUCUGCUUAGUAAACUAGAAUACUAUUUAACUAACUCCAGAAGACCCAAAAUGGCCAACCUAUUGACUGGGUUCAGAACAUAACACACUCGUAGGUUGAAUGUGUGUUUCUGCUGAACCAUGGGUUGUUGAAAUUUGGGUUGUUGUGUUGUCUGUACGCAGGCAUGUUUACAAACCAUGGCUGAUUACUACAUACAGCCUAUGAAGAAAACCCAUGGUUGGUUUGUUACAUGUGAGUUCUUCAUGAUUAGCAACAUGGUUUGUUGGCACAGCUAGGCAUGCACCAUGUUAACACCUGUUCCAGCAACAACCCAUAGUUCAAACUACAACCAACAUUCAACCUACACUCAACCCUUGAUUUUAGAUGUUUAUGUUUCUGAACCCUGCCAUGGUCUCAGUACAGCUUUUGCCAAACAUGUCUAAAAUGUUCUCUCUGUCCCUCAUGGUAGUGAAUCCUUCCUGCCCUGAACUUCUGGCAGUGCUCAUAUUCCUGCUUCUGAUGGUGCUCUUGGAGCUGCCAGUAUGAAUGUUAGUGCCUGGCAAGAGUCCCUGCUGUGCCAUGGUAUCCCCAUAAUUGGGCUUAAGUAGCUCACAGCUCUGGGACUUAGGUGUUUUUUGGAAAAUAAUAUUUUUAAUCAAAGCUUAUUUAAAUGAAAGAGACAAAUUCUGGUGUUGAUAUUACAUUCCUUCUCAAGGUGGUCCACUUCUGAUAAUGGGUAGUUGAGAGAACAGCUUAGUUCUGCUCUUAUGUAUCAACAAGAACUAAGCCUUUUCCCCUCCCGCUUUGAAUCUAAGCCCCUUGAGUAUUUACAUUUUUAAGGCUUCAUAGAAAAACCAUUCUUCUAGAUUACAGGCAAUUUGGCUUAGGUAAGCUGGUAGCUGGGUGGUUCUCAGAGUGCAAGCAAUUUAUAUUUGUUGGCGAAUCAGUGCAGGACACCACUGGCCCUGAAAGGACAGCAGGCUACAGAUGUAUAUUUUAGAGGCCGAUAAAUAUGCAGUUAUUGAACAUAAUCUUGUUGUGUAAUAAGUGUUAAUAGACAGCUUUCGUAACAGUGUAUUUUCCAAUAAAGCACACUCACGGGUCACUGCAUAACUUUGCAAAUGACCUUAAAUUUGGCUUAUGUUUUCCUAAAUAAAGGUUUUAUUAGGAUCAGCCCAUACCAGAUAUCAUGUGAACAUUUGUUGAUGGAUAUGUCAACAUUUCCUAAGAUGAAAUUGCUAAAGAUUCUGAUUUUAAACGUUGGCACUUUUGUGAAAUGAUUCUCUUCUGGGAUUGAAAUUUCAGUGCAUACCCAAAUGUAAAAUUAUGUGAAUGUUUUAAAAUUUGCAACAUGUUUUAAUAAUCCUUGAGAAAGUUAAUUGUAUAAAAUAGUUACUGCAGCUUUAUUUUUGACAUGACGUGCCUGUACAACCAUGAUUUUCCCCUUUGUACAAAAAGACAUUGUAGAUAACUUGAAUGUUUAAUUGUAGAGAAGAUCGUUAGUUUAUUGUUAUAGUUUGUUAGUUUGUUUUUGUUGCCUUUCAAGGUUAAUGUUCUUAAAUAGUUGCUGUUAUGUAUAACUUUUCUAAUAAAAGUUGUGUUAUAAGCUA